UCCGGCCAGGCACUUCCGGUUGCUGCAGGUCCCGGAGGAGGAGGGAGCCAUCGGAGCGGGGGCUGCGCCGCCCGGCCCAGCGCGGCCCGCUCCGCUCUCCUCCGCCCCGUGACCCCCCCGGGGUGGCAGCGGCGCCGCCGGCAGGUAUGUCAGAACACAGGAAUGAAUCCACAGCACUUGAUGAAAUUCAUCCAGCUGGAGAAGAGGUCCAGUCUGACUCUGAGGAAGGUGCAAUGGCUCAAGAGUCUCCCAAAAAUUCAGCAGCUGAAAUUCCUGUGACAAGCAAUGGACAGCUGGAAGAUUCUCAUGAGCACAGCUUUAAUAGGGACUUGAAACGUUCAUUACCAGCUGGACUUGGACUCUCUGAAACCAAAAUAACGUCUCAUGACUUUGACAGCACCAAAGAGGGAGUUGUUGAGGCAGGACCAUUUCCAGGGAAAGGUUCCUCAGCAUCACCCAAAUCAACUGUUAUAUCUGCCAGCAGUGCAGCAGCUAGCAGACUGGCUGGACAAGGUUGUGAUUUAAUUAUUCCCGCAGGGGGUAGAGCUCAGCAGAAGAGUGGACCCGUUGUGUUAGCAGAUGAAGUAAAGAAUCCAGCAAUGGAGAAGUUGGAAUUGGUGAGAAAGUGGAGCCUAAAUACUUAUAAGUGUACACGUCAGAUCAUCUCUGAAAAACUGGGUCGUGGCUCAAGAACAGUAGAUCUGGAGUUGGAAGCUCAAAUAGAUAUAUUGAGAGAUAACAAAAAAAAGUAUGAAAAUAUCUUGAGACUGGCACAGACUCUGUCAACACAGCUCUUCCAGAUGGUACAUACCCAAAGGCAACUUGGAGAUGCUUUUGCUGACCUGAGUUUGAAAUCAUUGGAACUUCAUGAGGAGUUUGGCUACAAUGCAGAUACGCAGAAACUUCUAGCUAAAAAUGGAGAGACUCUUCUCGGGGCUAUUAACUUUUUUAUUGCCAGUGUGAAUACACUGGUGAAUAAAACAAUUGAGGAUACGUUAUUGACUGUGAAACAAUAUGAAAGUGCCAGGAUUGAAUAUGAUGCUUAUCGAACAGACCUGGAAGAGCUGAAUCUUGGUCCUCGUGAUGCAAGCACUCUACCAAAGAUUGAGCAAUCACAACAGAUGUUUCAAGUACAUAAAGAGAAAUAUGACAAAAUGCGUAAUGAUGUAUCUAUCAAAUUGAAAUUUCUGGAAGAAAAUAAGGUGAAGGUCUUGCACAAUCAGCUUGUCCUGUUCCACAAUGCUAUUGCAGCGUACUUCGCUGGGAAUCAAAAGCAGCUUGAACAGACACUUAAACAGUUUCACAUCAAAUUGAAAACUCCUGGAGCAGAUGCUCCAUCCUGGCUUGAAGAACAGUAAUCAAAGAAGAGGACCCAAUGUUAACCUAAAAUCUAUAAAUCUAAUAAGAAUUAAGGGUUGGGGUUGGAGGACUGUUCUAGUGAUUCUUGCACAGAGAGCUUUAAUUUUUACUUUUUUUUUCCCUUUUAUGACACUGUAAAACUGAAUUUGUUGGGGAAAUGGGUAACUAAACAUAAUUUCUAUCAUUUCAAAUACAGAGCACUCUUUUUGUAUGUGAAGCCUGGUGGUUACUUCUGUAGCUGGGAUGGGGAGAGAGGGAGGGAGGGGGGAAAAGAAGAAAACAACUAUAUAGAUUUGCACUGACAAAUUAUGUUUGUGAUUUCUGGUCAUUUUGGUGGCUAGUUAAAAUAUUUCCAAAUGGAGAUUUAUGUGAUUUGUACCAACAUCUGGUAUUUUAUAGACAAAUAGAGAAAACAUCUUUAAUCAUUUUCAUAUGACUUUUAAAAAGGAGAGAGUUAAAAGAAUAUUUUGCAAAUUAAUAAUAUAAGGCUUGUAUGCAGUACAUGUGUACAGUAUAAGGCAGCAGUAGCGGUUGGCUCUGACUAGAGGAAUUGCAGCAGAUGCCUUUGUAAAAGAUGUACCUUUCCAUUGUAGAGUUAAAAAAACAACACUAAAGCAAGAAUCACAGUCAGUCUGAGGCUUCUAAGCACACAUCUUUGCUUUGCACCAAGUGGUUUGCUGAGAGAAGCCAACCAUACGAUGUACUAAUUUCAUUUAAAAUGUUACUUUAUGGGAAAAGAAAAAACAACCAUACUAGCCUUAAAUCACAGGUAUGUGCCUUUUUAUAAGAUAAUAUUUUCAACCAGUGUACAUAAUCUAAAACCCCUUUCAUGUAACGGUUUGUCAGUUCCCAGCGUGGGAAAGGAGACUGUGUAAAUGCUGUUUGUUUGUACACUUAGAGCAAGUAAAAGCUUUAGUUGACCUUCAUGGACAGAUACAGUUUUGAGCGAGGAAAUUGGGCCAGUAUGAUUUUUCUGUUUAAUUGAAAAGCGUACUCGAGUAAUGAGAGCAAUGUGGAGGAUACUUCUUUUUAAUUUCUCUGUCUGUAGCGUAGUCCUUCUUCAAAUGUAAAAUCCUGUCAGUUUUAUCAUAUCCAUUUUAAAUUCAGUUUAUUGGAGUCCUCGUUUGCACAUGUUAUACUGCUUUGUGUUCUAUGAAGUAAAACUGAAAUACUUCAGGUAUGUUAUUUACAACUGUGUGGAUUGUAUGAUUUAUGUACUGUAUGUUCAAAUGCCUUUCAGCUGACAUUCUUAAAGUUUUCAAUGCUUAACGGAACUGUAAUGUAACUGUAAAUCAAACUUUUUAAUCAUUCCUCAUUAAAUUCUUGGCCUGACAGUCUCCUUUAUGUUUUGAUUCUGUCAGAAUCUCUUGUAAUAGUUAAUUUACGUUCCCCAGAAUGUAUACCCUAUGUGAAUUUUGUAUUCAUAUUAAAGAUGUUUGCAGCCAAA